UGUAGGUCUUGCAAGGUUUUACUUGAAAACGUACUCGGCUGAGUCAAAAAUGAGAACGAACGUUGAGAAAUCGGACGAGAAUAAGAAGAUGUCUUUGAUCUUCCUCAUGGCUUGUUUUAUCGGUUUUACUUCUGGUUUCUUGAUCGGGUAUAUGACCGGCAUCAUAGGAGGGCUUAUAUUUGGAACAAGAUUCAUGACCAAUCUCUUCCCGUAUGGUGCUUUCACCUAUGAUGACAUUGUACUGUACUCUAUGGUCAUGUCUUUGGUUCCUGCAACUCUCUACAUCUUCGGUUCCAUGGGGAUAGAUAUUAGAAAACGAGAUUUCAGUAGACUGGAUAUGAGAAGGCAAAUGAUCUUGUCCGGAGCACUCGUCUCCUUAGGUUCAGUGGUCACUACUCUCACCACCACCCAGUUUAUGUACAUGUUAGGACCAAUUCUGUUCGCUAUGGGUUUUGGCAUAAUGUAUCAGGGUGCUCAAGUCUAUAUGUCCGAGAUGGGUUUCGCUCAUAGAAACUGCUUACGCGCCCUGAAUAUUGCCUUUAAAAUGAUGAUCGCGAUCGGUAUCUUUGUGGCCAAUCUUGUGAACUGCGGCACCAACAGUAUCAAAGGUGGGUGGGGCUGGAAAGUUAGCAUAGGCAUUGCUGCAAUUCCCGCUGCUAUCAUCUCUAUCGGAUCUUUCUUACUCCCGGACACUCCGAUGACCAUGAUUAAGUUAGGUAAGUUUGACGAUGCAAAACAGUUGCUCCAACGCCUCCAUGGCACCAAUGACGGCGUUAAUAUACUGUUCAGAGAUUUAUUAGCUGCGAAUGAAGCAUCAAAGUCAGCGAAAGGAAGUGAGAAGCAAAUUAUGUCUCAAACACAGAACAGGCCGUACCGUGUGAUGGCCAUAGCUCUCCCCUUGUUUUAACAGCUCACUGGAGGUUCGGUCAUGCGGUCAGCAAUUGUCUUCAAGAGUGCAUUGGAAUUUUUCGGGUUCCAUGACUUUGGUAUUCCCCUCUAUGGUCUACCUAUUCAAGUUCUAUGUCUUAUACUUGUUCGCUUUCUUUGGGGUGAUUAUGAGUUUUCUUGCCUACUAUUUCAUGCCCGACACAAACCAAAUCCUGGUUGAAGAAGAUGCCUCUGAAGUAUGGAAGCAACAUUGGUUCUGGAGAAGGUACUUUGUUGACCUCGACAACAAUCUGAUGGUUUGAUAUUGAGUAACCGCACAAUAAUGGCUUAUUCUCUCCCUCUCAAUUCCAGCUGCUACAUCAUAAAACACUCAUACUUAGCAGAAGACCUUGUGACCAACAAGAGAAAAAGUCAUUUUUUCCAUAGCCAUUUUUGAGUAGGGCCAUGGUAGAUGUGUGAAUUUCACUCUUAAGCCCACCCUAUAGCCAAUGCCAUAGCUCCGCCAGAAAGUGUCAUUCUCUGGAUUCGACUCAUGUUCUCAAGUCUCUUAUAUUUUGUAAUAUACUAGGUAUCACCGGGGCCGUGAAGACCCCGGCUCAAGCUCUCAUUUUAGUCUUUACGUGUACAUACUUUGAAUCUAGAUGUAGAACUUUUUCCUGUAUUUUUGAUUUCGUUAGUGUCGUUAAAUUCUAUAAAUUUGGCUAAUCGUGAUGUCGUUCCGUCCUUUGCCAAUUUUUUUUAUAUUA